AAUCCAAUUAGUAAAAGACAUAAGUAAGAAACAGAAUGAUUUUCUCCUUGUCAUGUUUGGUUUUAGGAUUGUAUGGUUACACAACUGGAACUUCUUGAUGUACAAUUUUCUUGUAUUCACUAUGUGGAAAAAUCGAACGAGUCCAAACAGACGACAAAACAAGGCCUUCAAAAUUCAGACAGCAUUGUCUCAUCCUCUCUUCGAACCUUAUUGGUCGGCGGGGAAAAAAUCGGCCAUCAUUGUUUUGAUAAACCAAUGGCAUAAGACAAUGGUUUCGGCGUUUUUUCCUAGGUUUUCCAGCCGAUUUUCUGACCCUUGGAUCCAGCGCAGCUUUUCUUUAGAAAACAAAGAGAUCCUGAUGACGAUUUUCUGAUUUCCAGGAAACAGGACCACAUUUUACCUAAUAAAUGGCAUUCACAAUCAGUAGAAGAUAGCCUACAGCCUGCACGAUUUACAUCGAGUUAUUUUCCAUUAGUAUUGGAAUGUGACACCUCUACGUGAUUUAUACUUGGAAAGGAUGGCCUAGAUUCCGGAAAUGAUGGCGAAAUGGUGAUAUGCUCUUGGUUUCUAGACUUAAUACAACAGGGAAUUAUUGGCUAUCGCCGAACGCUGAGUCACGAGUAUAAUAACGUGAGAUGAUAAGCUGCUCUACGCUUUCCAUCGCUGAUAACCGAAAAUGUCUACCCAUUCUGACAAUAAGCAGGUAAAACUUGCCGGCAGUUAAUUCAUUCUUUGCGUUGACGGUGGGGACAAUCAGUGAGAGAAAGACAUUCUUCCAAACCGGAACAUCGCCGUGUUUCACCUUCACAACCAUCAGGUGCAAAAGUUCAUCUGUAUAACGUAGACUAAAUAUUCAGACAGCUAAACAUGGGAGAUAAAAUGCUUCGGUAUUUGGCCAUCGCCAACAUGUUCGAGGGCUGCCUCGCCGUCUUGCUGCAGCUGGCCGUGCUCGUUACCCUUCAUGACUGGGUCGAUUUUAUUUGCAUUGGAUUCUGGGGUGGAGUGCUUAUGGUAUUGGCUGGAAUGUGGACUCUUCAAAAGAGUCCAAAGAAAAUGAUAACGACAGCUGCCCUUUCGAUGCUCGGUGGUCUGUGCAUGGUCGGUUUUUAUUCGUGGAAUGUAUCAACCGUCGAUUGUGGAACUAUCACUCCUCCCCCGGCUGGAGCAAGAGGCAACUGGGAAAAUGAUCCUGAUCUCUGUAGUUGGCGUUUGGCCUCCGAUAUUCUGUUCAUCAUUUUCGGAUGUUUUGCAAUUGUCAUUAAUAUUUUUAUGGCAGCGAGAGCUUCAACGAUAAUUGGCAAUAGGCGUGGCUCAUUCUAAUCUGAUUAUUCCUAUACAUAAACUUGUUUCCCAAUUGCAUUCAACUCAUUCUUGUUGCAUCACUAAUGUACCUUACUAAACUAUCAAUAAAAUUCAUUUAAUUUUGGCAAA